AUGCCUGGAGCUAAAAGUUCCCCAAAAGGCCUGAAAAUCUGUUGUGCUACGACCUUCGUUUUGUUGAUCGUCUUCACAAUUGUUUGUGUGACCCUGUAUUUUACCAUGUUUAAGCCUAAACAACCUCAAGUCACAGCCCAUCCAGUAAGCCUUGAAAACAUUGAAGUCCAAAUCUUCCCAGCUUUUAGCCUCAGUGUCACCAUAGGCUUGGUAGUUACACUCAACAAUCGCAACUACGGAAGCUUCAAAUACCAGAAUUCCACUUCUUAUAUCGAUUACCAUGGAACCAAUGUAGCAGAGGUUCCGAUUGAAGGUGAAACUGUCCCUGCACGCUGGAAACUCAAUUUGAGCACCUACGCUAAUGUCGCUGCAGACAAGUUGAUUACUAACUCACAUUUCUUGAGUGAUCUUAUUACUGGGAGUUUCAACUUGACAUCCAAGGCUACUUUGCAUGGUAAAGCGAAAGCGCUUAAGAUAUUUAAACACAAAGCGAUGAUUUUAAGUACUUGUGACAUCUCUAUUUUCAUUCACAAUCAGAGUUUGGAGUCCAACUGCUAUUCGAAAAUCAAAUUGUGA